AAGGGGGCGUAGCUAGCACUCGCUUAUAUAUAAACAAAGUGAAACAGGCUAUGUUGACAUGGCUUCAAUCGGAAGAGCUUUUAUGAGAAGGAAUAACAGUUAUGAUGUCGUUAAGUUAAAGACAUUUAAAUCCUAUGUUGAUCAAGAUGAAGAUGAAACUGAUGAUGAGAUAAAAAAACGAGCAUCCUCAUUUUUUCAGAAUGACUUGAUACCACGACUCCUGCCAGGAGAGAGAGUGGUAACGGAGGCAGACAGUGUGUUGUGUUUUGUUCCAUUUACUGAAAAAAAGCAGGGAACCUCAGGGAAGCUCUUCAUUACAAACUUCAAACUCACAUUCUUAACUGGGGACAGAUCAUCUUAUGAGAAGGAGGCUCAGCGACAGAGGAACAAGAUAAUUGAUGAUGGAGACAUUCCACUCACUAACAUUGAAAGCAUUUAUCAAGUUGUGUCAGGAGGGAAGAGAAGGAAGUUACUGCCUAAUACUACUGUAUCAACACUGACUAAAUACCUGGAAAUCCAUUGCAAGGAUUUCAGGACUCAUGUUUUUGGUUUUAAGUUUUCCCCCAAAGACCAGAUCAAAAAGAUAACCAAUGCUGUGAUUCACUAUGCAUAUCCCAACAAAUCCUAUCUCCUGUAUGCAUUUGAGUAUGCCAAAGCUCUCCAAACACCAGAGAACGGGACUGUUAGUAAUACUCCGAGGUACGAUUGUGCAGCUGAUUGGGAGAGAGAACUGAAUCGGUGCGGGUGUACCAAGUGGACGGUGUGUGAAGUCAAUCAGGGUUACUGUGUGUCACAGAGCAUGCCAGAGAGAUUUGUUUUACCCAUGAACUUAAUGAGCUAUGAUGAAUUGAUGAAGGCAGCUUCCCAGUUCAAUGAAAACAGGUUACCAGCCUGGUGUUAUACACACACAAGUGGAGCCAGUCUGGUCAGAAUGGCAGAGAUGUAUGCAGACUCAGAUUUAGCAGGUUAUGUGGGAAAUCUUUCAUCUGAGAUGUAUAUUAGGACAUAUUGUAAUCGGUUAAGAACUGCAAUACAGCUUGCAGAUGUGAAUAAAGGAUACCCUGUAGAAAUGGAUCUGACAAAACUCUGCCCAUCAUUAAAAGAUAUCCAAGGAGCAUACGAAAAACUCAAAGACCUGAUAUUCAUAGAUUCUGGAAAGGACUUUGCUGUACAGGACAUAUCUUGGUUAUCCUCUCUGGAGGGAACAAAAUGGCUGACUUGUGUUUCCCAGUGUUUGAAGACAGCUUGUGAUGCUGCUGAACACAUGAAAAGACAUACAGUUAUUAUCAAAGAGCCAGACAGUCGCCAUUACUGCUGCCUUAUAUCUAGUCUUGUGCAGAUUUUGCUGGACAGGUAUUUCAGAACUAGGAUAGGAUUUCAGUCCCUCAUUCAGAGGGAGUGGGUUGCCAUGGGUUACCCUUUUCAAAGAGAGGGUUGUCUGGUGCAGGAUUUAAACCGACCAAAUAAUGAAUACAUUCCACUUUUCCUUCUUUUUUUGGACUGUGUAUGGCAGUUGAUGGGACAAUACCCCUCAGCCUUUGCCUUCUCAGAGACAUAUCUGGUCACACUCUGGGACAGUGUUCACAUGGGUAUUUUCGAAACAUUCCUAUUUGACAGUUACCAUCAGCGGACACGUUACCACAUUGAUGGGCGGUGGCAGCAGAGGUUCUGUUUACCUUCUGUGUGGGACUGGCAGAUACAAUUUAGUAAUGAUGACCAGUCCUUCUUCAACAAUCCCUUGUACAUAAUGAAAACCAAUCCUGAUGUCUGCGAAGCAUUGACCAAAUCUAAGAAUCUUGAGUCCUCUCUCCGACAUAAAAUCUCCAUCAAGAAGUUGUACUCCUAUGAACUGCAGAACUUUGAAGAAUCUAACUUGUGUUCCAAUGCAGUGAAAUCAGAUAGAAGUACAAGACUGACUCCACUAGUAGGGGCUGCCUGUAUGAAGCUAUGGAGUCAAUGUUACUUACGGUGGCAGACGCCAGCUCAGAUCAUUGGGGGCGGCAAUCCUUCACAGUAUUUACAACAGUGUGUGAUGGUGGAAGAAAUCUUGUGUCUUCUUCACAAGCUAGAGGUCUUAAAUAAAAACAGUGCUAAGUCUGUGAACAGUCUGACUCGGACUAGGAGUGAUUUAGUGUUCAGUAUGGCAUUGGACACCCCAAGGACAACUGAACUGUUGGCCAACAGUUAUCUGACUUCAUCUUUUCCAUUUUCUUCUGCACAGCGUUUGUCCAGAGAGGAGAAAUCAGUGUUUACACCUAUCAGUCUGUUUUUGGAACACAGCAACAUUGACUAUGACUACUCAAAUGAUGAUGACUAAAAUUAGAUUGCAAUGUGAGCACAAUUGCUCAAACCACAACAACAACAACAGUGUAAUUCACAGACAUAUACUAGUACUAGUCACUAGAGAGCAAUAUUGAACAAAAUUACUCAAAUCCUGAUAACUAAUUCAUAGACCCAUGCUUUCAUUGGCCUCAACAUUCCAUUUUUAGGUCACCUGAGUCACUCAGGUGACCUAUUGCUAUCUGUUCUCAUCCGUCGUCGUCGUGUGCGUCGUGCGUCAUGUGUUAACAUUUGAACAUUUUUAGCUUCUUCUCUGAAACCGCUUAACCAAUUUCAACCAAAUUUGGCAUAUAGCAUCUAUGGGUGAAGGGGAACAAAAAUUGUGAAUUUCAUGGUCCCUGCCCCCCCUGGGGCCUAAGGGGUGGGGCUAAAACCACUGAAAA